UCAGCGGCCUACGGUGCAACGAUCCACUCUCUCUACCAUCUUAAUUUGAGUUCAUCUAUCAUCGGCCAUGGCGAUGUCUGAUAAUCCGGCGAUAGCCAUGGCGGCGGCGGCGGCGGCGAUGAUGGUGUUGAUGGCGGCUCGGCUGGCGAGCGCCAACAUACCUCCUUCCCAAUGGUCGCCUCCUGCUACCACCGGCGGCUACUCCACGUCCGUCUGGAUAGAUGGCAGCGCCACCUUCUACGGCGACGCCUCUGGACUCGGCGCCGACUUCGGCGGAGCGUGCGGGUUCAGCGCCAACGACAUCGCGUCGCUGUACUCGACGGCGACGGCGGCACUGAGCACGCCAUUGUUCGCAGACGGCGACGGGUGCGGGCGGUGCUAUGAGCUGCGGUGCGUCAAGUCCCCCUGGUGCAACCCAGGGUCGCCGUCAAUCACCGUCACGGGGACCAACCUCUGCCCGCCCAAUUGGUACCUCCCCAACGACGACGGUGGCUGGUGCAACCCUCCCCGACAACACUUCGACUUGGCGCCGCCGUCCUUCCUCCGGCUCGCCGCCAGGGUCGCCGGCAUCGUGCCCGUGCAGUUCCGGCGGGUGCCGUGCCAGAGGACCGGCGGCGUCCGGUUCUACGUCACCGGGAACCCCUACUGGCUCCUGCUGCACAUCAUGAACGUUGGCGGCGCUGGUGAUGUCUGCCAGGUCGCCGUCAGGAUGGUCGGCGGCAAUGGCGGGUGGAUCACGACGUCCAAGAAUUGGGGCAGCACGUUCCAGGCCUUCUCUGCGCUGGACAAGAGCAAGGGGCUCGCCGUUAAGCUAACGACUUGCGGCGACCCUCAGCAAAGCAUCGUCGUCGGCGACGCCAUUCCGUCGUGGUGGUCCACCGGACUCACCUACCAGGGAUCAAACAACUUCUGGUGAUCUAUCCACCCCCUUCGUCGAUCCAUGAUCCACAUUAAACACGUUGGUGAUUAUACGCGUCUGCACUCAAGAUCGAGUUUCUGAAUUAAUUACACUUGGAGUUGUUGUAAUCUCUCCCCGUCUCUCUUUUAAUUCAUUUUGUUCUUUUAAUUAUAUAUAUUUUUGUCCCUAAGAGUUGUGUGUAGAUAUAUGUAUGCUAUAUAUGUAUAUCCUUGGCUUCUAAACAUUUUUCUAAUGGUUUCCGAUGCA